GUUGUCAUAUUCAGCACAUGGUCGUCACAACAACGUUGUUUACCUGCGAUCUCUGCACGCACCGGUGGAUUCAUACGGCGAAAUACCAGCGGAACGCGAUAGAAAUUAAAUUCCAUUGAAAUAAUACAACACAGUCUUCCUUAACAUCAGCUUGUAAGCCACCAUGGGUCGCGGCCGAACGAGGACAAAGAAAAAGAAACAAACUUAUGAUUACUCUCGCAAUAGGAAGCGUAUGUCACAGAAGGCACGCCGUAAUGGAACUAUCAAAAAUGAAGAAAUUCGGGCAGCUUAUGAUGUUAAAAAGAAACCAGCCAAAAAUAUCCGCGAAAUGGGCCUCGUGUACGAUGUUAACCGAGCUAUUCCAAUACCGAAUGUUAAACAACAAAUGAAAGACAUGGAAAUGAUAUUCUCCGGACAGAAGGUGAAUUCACGGCCUCGCCAGACGCGUUCUGCACCGAAGCAGCACGUUGUAGAGAAACUGGAGAAGGACGCGAACGAAUUCGCCGGUACCCGAUUCCGCAUGGCCCGUUCGAUGGUGCGCAUAGUCACUGCUAUGAUGGAUCGGCAUGGGUUUAACUAUCAGGCGAUGGCAAAGGACCGUAAAAAUUACGAGCAGGAAACAUGGCGACAGUUUCGCACCAAGGUUCGACGUUUCCUGCUUAUUCCGGAACAAUGUACACCGUACCUAGAGCAGAAAGGUUGGAUCGAUUGCGACAUGAGCGACCCGGCCGAUCCACGAUGGAAGGAAUUUUGUACCGAUGAUGAAUCGUAACCGAUGGUACUUUAUAUAUAUUUGAACAGUUUGUUAAUAAAAUCAACUGUGCAACACACUAACACAACA